AUGGGAGAAGAGGAAGGACGAAGAGAACUUGAGGAAGGUGAUGAGAAACUUCUCAUUCACUACCUCAAGACAGCCAAUCCGGACCCGGGCCAGCCCGAGGGCCACCAAUCCGGACCCGGGCCAUCCCGAGGGCCACCAAUCAGGACCCGGGCCAUCCUGAGCAUCACCAAUCAGGACUCGGGCCAUCCCGUGGGUCACCAAUCAGGACCCGGGCCAGCCCGAGGGUCACCAAUCCGGACCCGGGCCAUCCCGAGGGCCACCAAUCCGGACCCGGGCCAUCCCGAGGGCCAUCAAUCAGGACCCGGGCCAUCCCGAGGGCCGCCAAUCCGGACCCGGGCCAUCCCGAGGGCCGCCAGUCCGGAGCCGGGCCAGUCCGAGGGCCACCAAUCCGGACCCGGGCCAUCCCGAGGGCCACCAAUCAGGACCCGGGCCAUCCCGAGGGCCACCAGUCCGGAGCCGGGCCAGCCCGAGGGCCACCAAUCUGGAGCCGGGCCAGCCCGUGAGCCGCCAAUCAGGACCCGGGCCAUCCCGAGGGCCACCAAUCAGGACCCGGGCCAUCCUGAGCAUCACCAAUCAGGACCCGGGCCAGCCCGAGGGUCACCAAUCAGGACCCGAGCCAUCCCGAGGGCCACCAAUCCGGACCUGGGCCAUCCCGAGGGCCACCUAUCAGGACCCGGGCCAUCCCGAGGGUCACCAAUCCGGACCCGGGCCACCCGAGGGCAGCCAAUCCGGAGCCGGGCCAGCCCGAGGGCCACCAAUCCGGACCCGGGCCAGCCUGAGGGCCACCAAUCCGGACCCGGGCCAUCCCGAGCAUCACCAAUCAGGACCCGGGCCAGCCCGAGGGUCACCAAUCCGGACCCGGGCCAGCCCGAGGGCAGCCAAUCCGGAGCCGGGCCAGCCCGAGGGCCACCAAUCCGGACCCGGGCCAGCCUGAGGGCCACCAAUCAGGACCCGGGCCAUCCCGAGGGCCACCAAUCCGGACCCGGGCCAGCCUGA